CAAACGGUGUACGCACACAUUGCAAACGCCAUCCAAGAACACGGGAGCGAGCAAGUGACGGUGGGAGUGCGGGCUGAGGACUGGGAGGAGGCCAGGGCGUUGCUGCACCCCGGGGUGCGCGUGGUGGAGAUGGAGUCGGACAGCGCCUGGGCGAGGGACUCGGGACCGACUUUCGUGGUGAGGGAUGACGGGGAGGAGGAGAUGCGGGAAGUGCGGGGUGUGGACUGGGCGAUGGGCACGGAAGGCCCGUGCGGGAGGGACCAACUCGUGGCGCGGAAGGUGCUGGAGGUGGAGAAGAUCCGGAGGUAUGCAGCCCCCUUAGUCAUGGGAGGGGGCUGUUUUCACGUGGACGGAGAGGGUACGUGUCUGGUCACAGAGGAAUCGCUCUUGUCGCCGACGCAGCGGCCAAGCCUGGCCAAGGAGGCGGUGGAAGAGGUCUUGCGGAGGUACCUGGGGGUGGAGCGAGUGAUAUGGCUGGAGAAAGGCGUGUACGGGGACGAGGACAGACAGGGACGCGUGGACAGCCUGGCUUGCUUCAAGGGCCCCGGGGAGGUGAUCCUUCACUGGACCGACGACGAGAUGGACCCGCAGUUCGACCGAUCCUGGUCAGCCUUUAUCCGCCUGACGCAAGCCACCGACGCCAAAGGCCGAGCGCUCCGGAUCCACAAGAUGCCCAUGCCUGGGCCCAUCUUCGACGAGCAAGGGGGUGUGGAGGGGUCGCUCCUGUCGGGGGCGGGCUGUACGCCUGCGGGAAGGGAGGAAGGAAAGGAGGGAG